AUGGAUGAGGAUGACGAGUUCUGCCUUCUUAACGAUCUGUCACUUCCCGAUGCGGUAGCAUUUGCUGAAGCUAAGGGAACGAUUUUCAAUUCCGUGGCUCUACUGGAUCUCUACAUUGAUGUCGAUGGUGAUCAGGAUAUUGAUAAGGUCGCUCAAUCCCUGGGGAUAAGAAAGACGGAUAGGUGCAGCAGGACUGAUGCUGAUAAGUCCAACAAGAAGUCUUCUUCCCAAAUACUUGGGAGGGAGCAGCAGCAGCAGGCGACGUUCACUGGUAUAAAGAUGAUGAGUGAACGCGAAAGGGCAGCUGAGAAUAUUUACUUCUCACAACAGGACGAGGCGCUUUUGAAGAAGAUUUUGGAGGAUAAUCCCGAGAUCGAGGUUGAGCGCGACCUCCAAAGAUCACCAGUGCACACAGGCAGCUCUAUACAGGAUAAGGUGAAAAUGCUGUUCAUACAAAACGGCAUUCCGCCAACAGCGAACCCUCCUCUAUUGGAGGAUCUUGUUCAGCUUAUUGCUGAGGAGAAAAAAGCUAGCAUGAGGGAUGCUAUGGCGGCAGAGGCCAAGGCGUAG